AUGGAGCUGGAUGGAGGCAAAACAGCUGUUGGACUUAUCCAGAUCGCAGCAAAAUCUCUACCAGACACAGAAAAAUACAGGAGUUUUCAAUUACCACACCAGGUAAAACAGGAACUGCGCUGGUGGCUUCAAAAUUUGACAAAAACGUCGACAAUACAAACUGCCCCACCAUCAGCCUUCGUAGCCACCGAUGCCUCGGACAUCGGCUGGGGCGCAAUAGUGGACAACAAACAUCUGUCAGGUUGCUGGAACAGCUCUCAGGUACAUUGGCACUGCAAUCGAAAAGAGCUUUGGACACUAUUAGAAGUACUGCAAAGAGAGCCGGAACAACUCCGAGGGAAAACCAUUUUGUUUCAAACAGACAACCGGACUGCAGCCUCGUAUAUACGAAAACAAGGUGGUACAAAAUCCAUGACUCUCCUGAACAUCGCAACCAAAAUUUUGAACUUAGCCCUACUGCACGAGAUCACAAUAGUACCAAAGUAUCUACCGGGCAGGUACAACGGUCUUGCCGACAGUUUAUCCAGACUGAAAACUCAACAGGAGUGGCACCUCGAUUCAAUGACCCAGCAAGCAAUUUUCCAAAGGAUGGGGCUUCCGACAAUCGACCUGUUUGCGACAAACGCGUCCGCAGUAGUCCCCAGAUACGUAAGCGAGGACCAGAAAGACACCAUGAGCGAGUUCACGGACGCACUCAGCAGACCGUGGAAUUACGACCUGGGUUGGGUUUUUCCCCCCCCGGCUCUAAUUCCUCGAGUACUGCAACACCUGAAUGCUUCCCUCGGCCACUAUAUACUAAUAGCACCGAAAUGGGAGAAAGCAUUCUGGAGAGCAGAGGUGAAAAAGCGUGCAGUACGAGCACCUUACCAGAUCCGGAAUCUCAAAGCUCAUCUGAUAGAUCUUCGAACCAACCUACCACCUCGCAACGUACAGAACAUGUGUUUGGAGGCCUGGCGAAUACGGGCUGGUCCGACGAAAUAA